AUGGGGAGCAAUCAAGCUGCAGUCUCCUUCCUCACUAAUAUAGUACGUGCGGCCUUUGGCCUCGGCACUGCCAUCACGGUUGUUAAUUCAUCCCUAUAUACCGUCGACGGAGGCCAACGUGCCGUACUUUUCGAUCGUUUCCGUGGAGUCAUUGACGACACCGCCAGUGAAGGCACUCAUUUCCUCAUUCCAUGGCUCCAGACACCCUACAUAUUUGAUAUUCGUACGAGGCCCCACACUUUCUCUUCGAUCUCUGGUACCAAGGAUCUACAGAUGGUUAACCUAACUCUUCGGGUGCUAUCUCGCCCCGACGUAAACCGGUUGCCCGCUAUUUUUAAGACAUUAGGUCUUGAAUACGACGAGAAGGUUCUUCCGUCGAUCGGAAACGAAGUUUUGAAGGCUGUUGUUGCUCAAUUUAACGCCGAUCAGCUUCUCACCGAACGUCCGCGCGUUUCGGCUUUGGUUCGUGAUACUUUAAUCCGCAGAGCUAAGGAUUUUAACAUCGUACUUGAUGACGUUGCGAUUACUCACUUAUCGUAUGGCGCUGAGUUUUCCAAGGCCGUGGAGCAGAAGCAAGUGGCGCAGCAAGAGGCUGAAAGAUCAAAGUUUGUUGUCGCUAAGGCGGAGCAGGAGCGGAGGGCUGCCAUUAUCAGGGCGGAAGGAGAGAGUGAAUCAGCCAAGCUGAUUUCUGAUGCUACAGCUGCUGCUGGUAUGGGAUUGAUCGAGCUUAGGAGAAUCGAGGCAUCCAGGGAGAUUUCUUCAACAUUGGCCAGGAGCAACAGUAUCAUGUACCUUCCAAACAGUGGCAGCCAAAUGCUUCUAGGGCUUAAUCCUUCUCGUUGA